ACUAUCUUGGUUUGAUCUUUGCACAUUUGAAGAUAUUGAUCGAUCUAAAAAUAAUUAAAGUUUUUUAUUUGAUUGCAACUUGCAAGUGAUCCAAAUUGUGUUCUGAGUUUGGUUGUUUGGCUAAAUUCUUAGCCAAGAACAACAAUGAGGGAGGUUGUGAUCAUUUCAAUUGCUGCUACUCUUGGGAGUCUGCUUGUUGGAUGGGAUAGUUCAACCAUUGCAGGGGGCAUGAGUUACAUAAAAAAAGAAUUUAACUUGGGGACAUAUCCCACACUUGAGGGGCUAAUUGUGUCCAUGUCCUUUCUCACCGGCACCUUUGUGACAAUAUUCUCCGGGACAGUUUCCGACAUGUUCGGAAGGCGACCAAUGUUGAUAACAUCAUCGGUUAUGUUUUUCCUCAGUGGUUUGGUGAUGAUGUGGGCUCCUAAUGUCUCUGUAGUUCUGUUCUCAAGGCUGUUGGAUGGAGUUGCCAUUGCACUAGCCAUAACUCUCACUCCUCUCUACAUAUCUGAGAUAGCGCCGCCGGAUAUCCGAGGCACGCUGAACACGCUGCCGCAAUUUUCGUGCUCUGGGGGAAUGUUUGUUGCAUACAUCAUGGUGUUCUCCAUGUCCUUGAUGGACUCACCAAGUUGGAGGGCCAUGCUUGGUGUUGUUUCGGUUCCUUCCAUUGCAUACUUUCUUCUCGCCGUGUUUUAUCUUCCGGAAUCUCCUCCAUGGCUUGUAAGUAAAGGAAGACUUACUGAGGCUACCAAAGUUCUUCAAAGGAUUCGCGGCGUGGAAGAUGUUUCAGGUGAAAUGGCUUUGCUGGCUGAAGGUAUGUGUCCCGGGGGUGAAGACACAACCAUAGAAGAGUACAUAGUUUCCCCUGCUAUUGAGAGCAUUUCAAUCAAGGAAGCAGGGAAGGAUUGCAUAAAGCUCUAUGGAGCUAACCAAGGAGUUUCAAUGAUUGCUCAGCCAGUGAGUGGACAAGGUAGCAUGAUAUCACGAAGUAUGUUAACUUUGUCGCGCCAGGGAAGCGUUCUUGCCCAGGCAGCUUCUAAUCUCAAGGACCCUAUGGUCAAUCUCUUUGGGAGCAUGCAUGAUGCUAACCUUCCUCCUGAGUUGUUUGGAAGUUCAAGAGGUAGCAUGAUAAUUCCCAAAGUGCCUAGUGUUUCCAGCAUGGGAGCAGAUCAUGAUCAGAGCCCUUUUGGUACUAGUGACAAUCUCCAUGCGCCAUUGCUCAAUGCUAUUGAUAAGGCUUUUGAAUCUAAGGACAUGUCAGGCAUGAGUAGCAAUAGCAACUUGAGAGGUAACAUGGGGUUGGCUCAGGGUAGUGCUGGAGAAAUACCUAAAAACACAAAUAUUGGUGGAGGUUGGCAAUUGGUUUAUAAAUCAGUUGAUCAAACAACAGGGGGUGGGAAAAAAGAAGGAGGAGGAGGGCUACAAAGGGUUUAUCUACAUGCAGAUCCUACCACAAUGUCUCGGGAGCAAAGUUCACUUGCUUCAAUUUCGGGUUAUGACUUGCAUGAAGAAGGUGGUGGUGAAGCUUUUCAGGCGUCUGCACUCGUCAGUCGUUCAAUUCUCUAUACUAAGGAUAUGACAACCAAACCACAAGCUCCUCCAAAGCGUGUAGGUUGGGGAGCUUUGCUAGAACCAGGAGUGAAACGUGCAUUGAUUGUGGGAGUAGGACUUCAAAUUCUCCAGCAGGCUUCUGGCAUAAAUGGAUUUCUAUACUAUGCUCCCCAGAUUCUUGAGGAAGCAGGAGUAGGGGCACUUUUGUCAAAUUUGGGCAUUAGUUCAACAUCCGCUACACUACUCGUAAAUGUCAUCACAACAUUCUCCAUGCUUCCUUGUAUAGCUAUUUCCAUGAGGCUAAUGGAUGUUGCAGGAAGGAGGUCAAUACUUCUAUACACAGUACCAAUUUUGAUAGUGUCUCUCAUGGUACUAGUACUCCGAGACUUGUUUCGCAUGAGUCCUAUCCUCAAUGCAGCUAUCACUGCUGUAAGUGUUAUGGUAUACGAAAGCUGCUUCUGCAUGGGCCUUGGUGUGAUUCCAAACAUCUUAUGUUCUGAAAUCUUUCCAACAAGUGUUCGCGGAAUCUGCAUUUCUAUAUGUUCCCUUACAUACUGGAUCAGCACCUUGAUCAUCACUUCUAUGUUCCCCUUUUUGCUCAAUCUUCUGGGUCUUACUGGGGUCUUUGGUUUAUUUGUUGUUGGGUGCAUCGUGACAUGGAUUUUUGUCUACUUAAAAGUUCCUGAAACAAAAGGCAUGCCUUUAGAGGUCAUCAUUGAGUUCUUUGCUAUUGGUGCAAAGCCUGAAACAUCUUGAUCCAAUAGCUACUAUGGGAAGCAUAAGAUUGAAUACAAAUGUAAAGAAAAUUAUCAUCACCAGAAGCAAAAGAAGUAAAGGAAGCAGCAACAUUUACAUUUUACCAUUGAUGAAUUUUGAGGUUUAGUUGGUUUUAUUUUCCAAUCCAGUUUGAGUUGAAAUUUUGUUGUUGGUGGAAUGAUUGAAACCAUGCGAUGUUUGAUUGGUUCCGAGAUUUUAGAGAUUAGAAGCGAGUCCAAAUUUGAGGU